AUGGCGAGAGAGCCGUCUCCCAGUAUGUAUGCGCCUCCGCCGACGAGGGCCAGAUUGCGAAACAAGGAGUACAUGUUCGCGCUGUUUGCUGCAAUCUUUGUCAGCAGCAGCAGCAGCGACGACAACAGCGACGAUGGACGCGAGCAAGCAGAGGGCCACAGCAGCAGCAGCAAUGAUGCAGGCGGUGUAGCAGUCCCAAGCCCGGCGUACCUGACCAAGUACAGCCCCAGGGCCGUCAUCAUCGAGUCGUCCAUCAUCCCGAACCUCAUCCCGCUGAUGCUGCACUUUACGACCAUUCUUGGCCCCAGCUGGGGCAUCAUCCUCUUCACCCUCCAGGACAACUGGAUCGAGCCACUCUCCCCGGCCUUCCAGCGUCUCAAGACCUCGGGCCACAUCGAGAUCCGCUUCCUACCCGCCGACACCGAGCUCAGCAACUCCCACUCCGUCUCCGUCUUUCUGACCUCGCCGUGGAUCUGGCAGCAGGUCGAGCUGGCCAAGCGCGUCCUCCUCUUCCAGUCCGACAGCAUCCUGUGCGCCAAGUCCGAGGCUGCCGUCGACGAUUACUUCCAGUACGACUUCUUGGGCGCCCCUAUCGCCCCCAUGUACGGUUCCGGAUACAACGGCGGGCUGUCGAUCCGCAACCCGCGCAUGUUCCUACAGAUUGUGCGGGAGACAGAUUUUGCCACGAGCGGGCACGAGUUCGAGGACCAGUUUUUCUUUGCCGAGCUCGAGAAGCGCGGCGCAGAGCUGCCCGACCAAAACGUGGCCAAGACGUUCUCGGUCGAGACCAUCUACUACGAGACCCCGCUGGGCUAUCACCAACCGCAGAGGUGGCAGGCGGCGCAUAUGGAGAGCAUCGAGGACUGGUGUCCCGAGGUGAAGAUGUUGAUCGGCAGGAGGGCGCAGUGA